AGGAGAUCUGUUCCUCACACCUCCGUCUCUCUCUCUCAGUUUGUCAGCAGCCUCUCUGCCUCGCUCGCCCCUCGCUCGCCCCUCUCCGUGCUGCUGCCAUCAUUCGCUCGCCCGCGCUGCGUCCUGAUUCCUGAGAGAGAGAGGUUUAAUGCGAUGGACCUGCUGCCCACCGACUGCUAUUACUGCUGCUGUUUACACCGCGGCAUCAUGGGAGCUGUAGUCUGCUCUGCAGUGCGGGAGGACAGCUGAUUAGCCGGGGAUUGUGGGUGAUCAGAGUUUGGAGAUGUGAGCUGGUGGGCGGACGAGGCUCAUCAAACUCUCUCUCUCUCUCUUUAUCUCUCCAUUCUCUCGUUCUCUUCUCUCACUCUCUUUAACCCUUUCUCCUCUUUCUCUCCCUCCUCCUCAUUCUUCGUGCUCCUUUUCACACUUUAUCCCUAUUUUUUUCUUUUCCUGUCCGGGGAGAAGUCAGGAUGGGUUGUCGUCUCACUCGACCAAAGGCCAAGACUCAUGAACCUUCUCACCACCAUCGCCGGGAGGAGCUGCACUAUGUGGAUGAGUAUGGUCAGCCGAUCACCAUGCAGGUGGAAGGAAGGAGGAGCCACGGUCACAGGAGGCGACGGUCUCGAUGUGCGAUGGAGUGCAGCGCCCCAACAGAGCGACACUGGGAGGCCCUGAGAGCCAUGGGGCUGAUGGAGGGGGAGGAGGGCCAGGGAGACGGCUACAGUGCAGGGCCUUACUAUGGUCACAUGACCAUGUCACCGGACAUCUACUCUGCCAAUAGUCACAUGAUGAUGUCACCUGAUGUCUAUCAACCCAAUGGCUACCUGCCCAGAUCAUCGAAUGACCAGCAUCCGGGUAACAGCUACCUGCCCAGCGUCUCCUACAGCUUAGAUCACCUGGACAGACUGGACUACCAGGGUCCAGAAAUGUUGCCCUACCAGCCAAACUCAGAGAGCUGUCUGAUUGGCUGCUACAACACAGAAGAGAUGGAGCCGAAGAAUUUCCCCAGACAGUCUGACUACCGUCCUCCGUGGCAGUCUGAUCGUCAUCUCGGAUACCUCCCCCUCAGUGAGCUGGACAGCGGGCUGGGAUGUGGCCCUGACAGUCCGAACCAUCGGAUGCCCUUCUCCGAGGCAGAGACGGACGCCAUGUCCUCGCUCCCAGGCCACACCCCUUCCUCCCAAGGCUCCUCCUCCUCCUCAGAGUCCCUGAUCUCCUCUGAACCCAGCGACUCAGGCUUCCACAGUGUCAGCACAGGGGAGCACAGGCGACUGCAUAAGAUCCACGGGAGCCACGCCCACCGACAAACGCACCAUCUCCGCUCAGGCCACUCCCCUCGGGAGCAGAGAGGACGCUGGGAUUUGGAGUCCAUCCCUGAAACGACACCAAUGACUCACUCUGCAUCCCGCUGCACUGUGGGUAACAGCACGACCACAACAGUUCACUUUCACAGAGCUGAGAGGAGUCCCACCUUACCACGCCACCGCUCCCCACCUUCCCCUUCAACUGGUUGUCGCACCGAGCCCUGCCAGCGGAGGGCACUGUGGUUGGAGCAGCAGCAGGGAGGAGGCGGGACAAUAGAGGCUCCAGGGCGGAGUCGAACAAUAACAGAUUUGAGUGAAGGACAGCGCCGCCGCAGGGCCAGUCACCCCAACAUGACAGAUCCAAACGCUCUGAAAAAACGACUCCCGAGCAGCCAACCAGGGCCUGUCAGCAACACCCUGGGGCCAAGGAGCAGGGCCAGUUAUCCUAGUAACUGGCCCCCCAACAAUCACCUCAGCAUAGACAGAACCAGUCAGACCAAUCAUCAGAACGGACAGAGAAACAGCCAGGGCACAAACCGGAGCAGAGAGGAGGACUCCCUCUCCAAGAGUCCUGGAUCUGGCUCCAGUGGAGCGUCAGACUGGCGUGGCGUUCAGACUCUUGGGAAUCGUAUAAGCAGCUCUAAAGGUUCCUCUGUUCCUUUCUACAGCACACUGGGAGCCCCGCAGUGUGGUCCUCGCUCUCCACCCUCUCCCCGCUCCAGACUGUCCAAUCAGAAGUCAGUCAGGAACCAGCUGCUCAGAGCCCGAGCUUACCGAUUGGCCAGGGAACGCAGCGAGGUCACAACAGAUGAGGAGGUGCGAGGAGAGGGGGAGAAGGAAGGCAUGGAGGACGUGGACGAUGGCCGAUGGGCGGGGCGGUACUGUAGCCGGAACGAGAGAAGACGCCACCUGGCGCUGUCACGGCAACACCGAGAGAGGAGAGGAGGGGGGGAGGAGCAGGUCGGGGGACUGCAGAGCUCACUGUCGUCUCAGACGGUGCUGGAGCUGAGCCACAUGAAGCAGAACCGGCUGAGGAACAGCAAGCUGCUCGAUGAUUGGACAACUGUGGAGGAGCUGCUGACUCAUGGGACGCGGGUGGAGAGCGACAAUCAGCUAUGUCCCAGUCCUUUGUUAUCGGUUACUACCGUCUGAUGGGAAAACCUCUGACACACUGUUGGUUACCACCCAUUGAGGGAAAACUCCAAUCUGACACUCAGGCCCAGAUUCACUGAAGGUUUGCGUGGUGAAAAGUGCAGAUGUAACACGUACGCACUGAAAUCACCAAAUCAGAAACUCCAGUAUGUGUUUACAUAAAAUUGGUCACGGUCAGCAGCCAUCAGUUACAUUUACAUCACAUCACUGUGUGUCAAGAACUGAUAUACAAGUUAACGAACAACACAACAAUACAGCAGUACAGUGCUGGGCUGGUUUCAUUGCCACAGCAGUUGAUAGCAGUUCAUGUUGACUGACAGCAUUCAGUGUCAUGAAGCUGUGAUUAUUUUGCCCAGAUGUGUCUGCUAACAAAUUGCAACUUAUUUAGCUUGUUAGCUGCAUGAUUAAUUGAUAAAAACACUUGAAAUGGGAACAGGACCGGGAGAGCUGCAGAGACGUCCUGGCCUACAGGUCAAAGGGAGCUCGUUACUGCAAAACCACAGAUAAACUCAAACUGAACGUGUCUUUUUUGUGGCAACUUUACGUUUGUUUUGGUUGAAUUUUCUAUUUUUCUCUCAUCACAACGGUGCGUUUACGCUCUGUUUAGGUUUACGCACAAAUGCCAGCAGAUUAGAGGUCGUCCACAUCAAGAACAAUAACUAUAGCGAUAACGACGUGAGCAUCCACACUGAUGAACAACAAUGUUCUGACAACAGCGACGCCAAACACGUACUGCUCCAGAUGUGUCGGCUGCUCAGGUAAAUGGAUACUGAUGAGCUGUUUCUGCUGUGUGCUGCACAGGAACAAGAAGAAACCCCCCAGGACAAGGUUUUAUGAAAUCCUUCAAAGAUGAGGAGUUACAAGAGUUGCUGUCUUUUGAAGUUUAAUUCAUACAUUUGGAUCAUCAUCAAUUAUCCUGGUAUUUGUUAAGAAGGCCUCCUUACAAACUUCAGAGACUCCACCAGCACCAGCGAUUGUUUGGCAGUAUGUCUCAGGUUGUAUUAAUAACCUAGACUGCAUUAUGAGACCAUCUUGAAAGUGUCUCCUCAACACCAUCCACUUGCUUACAUAACAGAGGUUAGAAACCAACAUAAUCACCCCCGUGACAUUAUUUAGCAGGAAAAUUCCCCCAAAGUCAAAGUCUGUGAGUUCAGAUGAUUCUGAUUCACUGUCAGUGUUUCUAUCGUUCUUCAAAUCGCUCUUGAAGUGAUCCCAGCGAUAUUGAUCACCACUUUUAAUGUCGUUAUAGUCGUGACUCCACCAUCCUCGACAACACAUUAAACGCUACAUUUAUAGUUACUGUUAUGAUUAUUGAUCUCGGUGUGGACGGCCCUUUAGGAAAACAUCAUGUUUUGUCUUAAAAUACCUGCGUUAGUCGCCACAGUCACAGAUGAGAUAAGUCCGAAUUCCUGUGAAAAUUAGCCAAAUUUAACGACACAAAAGCAGCUGGAAAUAUCUGCAGGUGAAAAAUAUUCAGUGGUGUGACUCAAAGUGUGGUCAGCUGUAGUAAGGACACCACCUCCACCCCCUCCAGAUGAGAGAGUUGAUUUAUAAUUUAUAAUUAAGGCUGUUUACCUGCAGUCAUCACCACAUCAUAAUGUUUUCUUUCUCAUUUUUGGGUUGUUUCUUGGUGAUUAUUGUUAGCUUGAGCGUUCAAAGACAUUGGGGACAGUACAGUAAUAAAAAACACAUUCAGAAUAGUGCUUUUCACAGAUACUUUGGUGAGAACUUGAUAAAUCACAGGCUUUUGUCUUUGUGAUGAAAACAAACAUCAAUAGCUUUAUUAUCAACCUAGCUUAGUGUUAUCGUGUCGUUUAGUGUUGAUUUUGCAUCCUAACUUGUAAGAGAACUUCCGUACAGCUGAGCAACGACCCGCAGAAAUAAAAAUAUAUAUAUCACAAUCAAAAACAUUCAAGAAACAACACACUGUAUCACAGGUUAUUGGCUAGAAAGAGCUGCUGAGAGACAGACGAAGUGAAGCUGAAGAACCAGAACUACGAGCUAAACAACAACAAUAUUUGGGUUUCUACUCGUGUCUGAUGUCCUUCCACAUGUGACUUUCUGUGCAAUGUUUAAAUAAUAAAAUAUAUACUAUAAAAUGGAUGCUUGAAAACUAUGACGAGAUUAGCUAAACUUGUAAAAAUAUGAUUAAAUUUGACUGGAGCCGCGAUCUUAGUGAAUCUGGACCUCAGUGAUGUUCUUUACGGUCUGAUGGGGAGUUAUGAUUCACGUGUCAGAUCGUCUUCACAUUGGUUCAAAUAUAUGAAGAACAACAGAAGAACUGAAACAGAAAUCAUUUGUAUGACAAUCUCACCGACCCUGGAGAAACUGACUGAAUCUUAGCUGAGUCUGAACCAACACGACCGUCUGACAACAGCCUCUGAACCAGCGCUCGUUAAAGAAAUGAGUUUCUGCAGGAUUGGACACCGAGGAGCUGCAUGAGCUGCCGACUCAUCAGCGCUAACAGACUCACUGGACGUACUGGUCGGAUUCUUCACACACCAGACCGGCUGUGACUGGUCUGAGAUCAUCACACAAUCGGAUGUGUUGCCUUGUGGAAAAGCGUGUCCGUCUCCUUUUCUGGUUUUACUGCCUUUGUUUCUGUCUCUGUGCCAUGAAAUGUCGAGGUCGACUGGAGAUUACUAAUCUGUCGGGAUGCUCUGCUCGCGGGAUUUCUGCACCUUUAUGAUCAAACAGCCUCUAAACCCCCCCGAGACGCUCGUUCACCAUCGUCUGAUUCUUCAGUCACCACUGUCACCGGGAGGUUUCUCCUGGGUGGUUCACCAUGUUAAUCUCCAAACACUUGGAGUGUAAAUAAAUAAUCCACUACAGAGAGCUCACAAGUCUCCACCGCCACCGUGUACAACCGGGUUUCUAUCUGAAAGACUUGGACUGGUAUUCUGCUGCAUUCAGUGGAUUUAUUACUUUGUUUAGGAAAUGAAAGUUGGCCUGUUGAGCUGUAUUUCAGAAAUCACUUAAAAAAUAGUUUGACAUUUUGGGUAAUAUGCUUAAUGGGUCUCCUGUCGAGCGUUAGAUGAGCAGACACAUUGUGUCCAUGAAAUGAAUAUGACGCGACAGUUACGAGUGUCACGAUGGGGUAAAAGGGAAAACUAUGGAAGGGAAGGUGGACCCAAAUGCAGUUACUGGAGGCAAGAUAAGGAGAACAAAAAGCGAGCUUUAUUGAAUAGCUGUAUACAAAAACC